AGUGGUGUAUUUAAAACAAAAAUCUAAAAAAUACAUAGAAAAGAAAUUGGAAAAAAAUGUGUUAAAAAUUUCAAAACAAAAAUUGGAAAGUGUCAAGUGUCUUCAAAAAUUGUGAAAAAAUACUCAAAACUCCAUCAACAUAAAUUGGGAAAAUUCAAUUUUUCCUGUCUCCAUUAAACAACCUGAACUGCCCAUCAUUAUUUUGUGGAUAUUUAUUUUCCAGCAUUUCCUCUUCUGAAAAAAAUUCUCCAUUUAUUUUCGGUACCAGCAUUAGGAUUAUAAUUCACCAUUUAAUCACACACAAAAAAUAACAAAAAACAUGUCACAGUUAAUUGUUAUAGCAUUGGCCAUAGUGUCAAUAGCGGUCACAACAUGUCGAGCACUGCCAGAUAUUCACAAACAAAUGUCCCCGCAACAGCUGCAAUCGAUAUUCCAUGUCGACUCUCACGAUGCAGUGCCACAAUAUGAAAUUGUCCAACUGCUCCACGAACACAGUGCCGAUGCAUCGUCGUCGGCGCAACCGCAAUACAGUAAUUAUCGCCGUCGAAAACGCAGUCUGGAUGAGUUGUCACCGAACGACACUUCCGAUGCCCAUCACGUGAAGAAAGAUCUCAGUAAGACACCAUAUUUUAGUGAGGUGAAAAUGUCAUCGAAGAAGGCCAAUAGCCUACACGAUGGCUCCAAGCGUAAACAUGUUAAGGAUAUACACGAACAUAAAGUACAGCUGGCAGCUUUUGGCGAAAAGCUCAAUUUAACACUGAAGAAGACCCAAGGACUGUACAAGAAAGGUGAACUGCACAAGCUGCCAAUGUGGUAUAUGAACGAGGAUGCGAAUGCAACGCAUGGCGUGAAUUUGGAAAAGAUUGAAGAUGAGCAUUCACAUUCCAGCGACGAUAUUGGCGAGGUCUAUCAAGAUGAAGAAAAUAUGGCUGCAAUUUUAAUGAGACGUCAUGAGAUUACCGGCGAUUUAGUAAUGGAGGGUAGCAUCGGCCAUGAUAUGGUAAUAAAACCAUUGCCUCAUGAACUGAGUCCACAACCGGAAGAAUCACAUCAUGUCAUUUAUAAACGCAGUGUCGAACAAAUGGAACAUUUAAGUGAUUUUGCCUACAUGGAGCCGGAUGAUAUGGGAACUCACGAAAAAUUGGAAAAACUGCAAGAGCGACAAAAACGUGCAGCACAUUUUAAUACACUGGCCGACAUUGAGGAAGAGCAAGAGGAGCUUGAGGCCGAAGAUGGUGUCAAUUUCGUUGAACACUCCACUCACAAAAGAGCCAAACGCAGUGCACCCUACAUGAUUUAUCCCGAAGUUUUGGUUAUUGUUGACUACGAUGGUUAUCGUUUGCAUGGUGGUGAUAAUUUACAGGUGAAACGUUAUUUCAUUGCCUUCUGGAAUGGUGUUGAUCUGAGAUAUCGUCUGCUGAAAGAACCAAAAAUUCGUGUUAGCAUUGCUGGCAUUAUUAUUUCAAGGGGUCGUGAUGCCACACCAUAUUUGGAAAGAAAUCGUGUUGGACGUGAUGCAAUUGAUUCGGCGGCAGCCCUUACGGAUAUGGGUAAAUAUUUGUUCCGUGAAAGACGUUUACCGGUCUAUGAUAUUGCCGUGGCCAUAACCAAACUUGAUAUGUGCAGACGUGAAGUUGGAGCUCGUGACUGUAAUCGUGGUACAGCAGGUUUCGCUUAUGUUGGUGGUGCCUGUGUGGUCAAUAGACGUUUGGAAAAAGUCAACAGUGUUGCUAUCAUUGAAGAUACCGGCGGUUUCAGUGGCAUCAUUGUUGCCGCUCAUGAAGUGGGCCAUUUACUUGGUGCUGUUCAUGAUGGUUCACCACCACCCAGCUAUUUGGGAGGACCAGGCGCUCAACGUUGUCGCUGGGAAGAUGGUUUCAUAAUGUCCGAUUUGAGACAUACCGAAAGAGGCUUCCGCUGGUCAGCAUGUUCCGUGCAAAGUUUUCAACAUUUCCUGAAUGGUGCAACUGCCACCUGCCUGUACAAUGUACCACAUGAGGAUAACGCCUUGGGUCGUUCACUGCCGGGUACCUUGCUCUCGCUGGAUGCCCAAUGCCGAAGAGAUCGUGGCACAUAUGCCUGCUUUAAGGAUGAACGUGUCUGUGCUCAGCUAUUCUGUUUCGAUGCUCAAACGGGUUACUGUGUAGCCUAUAGACCGGCCGCGGAAGGUUCAACGUGUGGUAAUAAUAUGCAUUGUUUGGAUGGCCGCUGUACAGCCUUGCCGGUGGCCUCAAAUCUCAUCACAAACUAUGGUGGCCAAUAUAAUCGAGGAUACAAUAACAACAGCGUUAACAAUGCGGCCAGCAAACAGGGCAGCGCAAACAAUGAGAACGGCGGCGGAGGCGGAGAUGAUGAUGAUGAGGACGAUGAUGACGACGACGAUGAUGAUGACAACGACAGUGGGGAUGAUAAUGAUGAAAGUAAUGAAACAAUUGAAAAACAAAAACUGGUUAAUUGGAAACUGUACUCAUUUUGAUGUUGCCCAGCCAACAUAACGCUCCUUAUCUCCACAACCCGUCCAAUGCUCGUCCUGAAUAUACCUGCUCUGCUGUUAACUUAGAGGAAUUAGAAUUAAAAGUUUCUUAGUAAGGAAUUUUAGUUAAAAUAAUCUCUCGUUUCAUUGGAAUUUCAUAAAAAACAAGAAAAUCUCAACGCAAAUAUUCAUACACCACAUGGUGGCUGAAGACCGAAGAAGAUGAUGAUGAUUCAAACUCACCAGCCACUGUAUUUUACAAUUUAAAAUCACAUCACACCCACACAUACGCCCUACAUUCUACGCCCCCCAUAAUCCACAUGUAUGUAUCAUUAUUUGCUUAUUUGUAAAGAUAGAAUGAGAAAAAAAAACAUUUUUUGUUUGUUUGUAUAAAGUAAUUGCCAUUAAUUUUAAAUAACUCCCAUUUACAUAUAUAUUAUUCUAAUCUAAAUUAGUAAAUUCAAUUCACUAAUUUGAAUUGAACUUGUUCAAUUGUUGUUAAGUAAAUACAUAUGUAUAUGUGUAAUAUUAGUUUAAGGUUGGGAGGUAUACCUAACCUAUAAAAAAUAUAUAAAAUAAGAUGACCUUCUCCACCCAUUCCUUUCAUUUUUUAUACGGAUGCUAGUGAAGAGAACAAAAUCAUUUCUUAAAACAAAAAAAUAACUCAAACAAUAGCAACAACAACACAUUUGUAUAUUGUUCUUCAUUUUUUUAGUUAGCAUAUUAUAUUAAUUUUACAUAAAAUGUGUGUUUUUUUAUUAUUAUUAUUGUUUUUUUAUAUUUUGAGUGUUUUUUUUAUUGAAAUUGUAAAUUAUAAUUUAAUUCUAUACGUAUAUAUUUUCUCCCCCAUUUCUUUUAAUUUAAGGUUUAAUAUAUGUAUUUUAUUUGUAAAAAACAACCACAUAUUCUUAUAAGAAAAUUUGUAUCUUGCAUAAAGCAAAAAAACGGAAAACCUUUUUUGGCACAUGAAAAAUAUUGUAAAUUAUUAUUAUAUGAAUAAAAAUUAUUUUGAAAAGAAA